AAUAAAAAAUAAUAUAUAGAAAUAUUAUUUAAAAAUAAUUUGGUAGUUACCUAAAAACUAUGUGCAUUAGAUAAAACAUAUAAAAAUUAUAACGAGUUAGUCUCAAAAAAUUUGAAUCCUAGUUGUAGAGGACAUAUUUACAGUAUUUGUUAGGGUAAUCUUUAUAUUAUAGUGUAGGUAGUCUUGUUGGGUUUCAAAUUUUGGAAACUUAAAAAAAAAAAGAAAAUAGUUGAUAACUUGCUACUUGAUUAAUAUGAGUGCAUUAUAUUUGUUUUUAUGAGUGCAUUAUAUUUGUUUUUAUAAGAUCAAAUAAACAGUAAAAUAAUACUUUUUACUUUUUAUUUAUAAUGAUAACAUGUUACUUGAAUAUAUUAUUAAUGUGUAUUGUGAUAGUAUGAUUGUGAAUAUUAUUAUGAUAACUUGUUAAUGUGUAAUCUUGAUAGGUUUCUCGUUUAUAAUGAUAACUGUUGUAUAUAUAUUAUUGUGUAUUAUGAUAAUAUUAUUAAUGAUUUAAAUGAGAAAGCAUUAAAAAAUAUGUAAAUUUAAGAUAAAAAAUUUAUUAUGUUAAUUUUGUUUUUUGUAAAUAAAUAUUAUAAAUAUAUAAAGAUAUUUUAAAUAGUUAUUUAUUAAAUAUAUUAUAACGAAUUUAAAUAAAAACUUAAUAAUUAUAUUUUGAGUAUUUUAUUUAUAUUUUUAGAUUAAAAGUACAAAUAUAGUAAUUGAUUUUUAUAAAUAUUGUUGGUGGGUUAAUUUAUUUUUAAACAAAUAUUGUUGGUUUAAAUAGUUAUUUAUUUAAUACAAGUUUAUAAAAUAACAUUUAAAAAUUAAUAAUAUUAAUAAAUAAAUACCAAAAUAUAAUUUAUAAAUAAAUAAAAGAUAUUUUUAUAAAAUAAGAUUUCACAAUAAAUAAUAUCAAUAAAUAAAUAAAAUAUAAUAUUUGAUAAAUAAAUAAAAUGUUGUAUGUAGAAAAUAAUAUUUAAUAAUAAAUUAUACUUAUAAAUAAAUAAGAAAUAAUAUAUCAAUAAAUAAGAAAUUAUAUUUAAAAUUAAAUUAAAUAUAUUUUUGUUACGAUGAAUAAAAAAUGAAUUAUAUUUAGCUAGAUUGUCAAUUAUCGACAAAUAUACUAAUAGGUUGCAAAUAUUAUUGUAGUACUGAAGAUGACUUUGUUUUUAAGUUUGUAUUUUUGGGUUAUAUAGUAUAGAAUUUAAAAUGAAAAUACCGGCGUAUCGUAAGUGAAUUGAUAAUAGAUGCAAUCUACGAAGGAGUGACAUCACCCGAGAAUUUUACAAAGGUGUUGAUGAGUUUAUUCAAUUUGCAUCUACCCAAGAGAGUUUCAUAAGAUUAGGAGGAAAAUUAAAGUGUCAUUGUACAAAAUGUGAAUGUUUGAGGUUCAAAUCAGUCGAUGAGGUGAAAAAGGAUAUUUGCAAGUAUGGAUUCAUGAAGGGUUAUUAUUAUUGGAUACAUCAUGGGGAAGAAGUGCCCGUUGUGGCUCCAUCGGCUGUUGAAAAUGAAUAUUAUAGAGAAGACAGUUUUAGGGAUCAGUUUAAUUCGUAUGAACAGAUGGUAAUGGAUGCGGCAUGACCAUCCAAUAUGCCAUAUACAAUGCAUGAUACUGGAAGUGGAAUUAGUUAUCAGACUUACAAUGUAGAUGAAACACCGAAUGAAAAUGCACAAGCAUUUUAUGACAUGUUGUCUGCUGCACAAGCUCCCUUGUAUUCCGAAUUGCGAAGUAGAAAGUGAACUUUCUGCUGCAGUUAGGAUGUUGAGUAUUAAGUCUGAUUAUAACAUGUCUGAAGGUUGUUAUAAUGAAAUCAUGCAGUUUAUGCAUCAAACAAUGCCAACUGGUAAUCGUGUACCCAUUGAUCUUUAUCAUACUAAGAAGUUGGUUUCCCAACUUGGUCUUGGUUGUAAGAAGAUUGCUUGUUUAAAUGGGUGUAUGUUGUAUUAUAAAGAUGACGAAUCCGAAAUGAGUUGUAAGUUUUGUGGUCAUCCUCGUUUCAAACCAGCAAGAAGUGGGAAGGGAAAAUUUAAACAAAUUUCUUAUAAAAAAAUAUGGUAUUUGCCUCUCAUACCAAGAUUGCAAAGAAUAUAUGCUUCUACAAUUACAGCUGCGAGCAUGAGAUGGCAUCAUGAAAGUCGAAGAGAGCCCAGUGUACUGUCUCACCCGUCUGAUGGGAAAGCAUGGAAACAUUUUGAUCAGAAAUAUCUAAAUUUCUCUGCCGAUCCUAAAAAUGUUAGGCUUGGUCUUUGUGCAGAUGGGUUCACCUCGUAUAGUCAAUCGGGUCGCCUAUAUUCUUGUUGGCCAGUCAUUGUGACUCCAUAUAACUUGCCUCUUGGAUUGUGUUUGAAAAGAGAGUUCCUUUUUUUGACUGCUAUUAUUCCAGGUCCAUCAAAUCCGAAAAAUAAGAUAGAUGUGUUUUUACAACCUUUAAUUGAUGAAUUGAAGUUGUUGUGGUAAUAAGGAGUUUUGACUUAUGAUGUUUCAACAAAGACAAAUUUUAUGAUGAAGGCUGCUUUAUUAUGGACCAUCAAUGAUUUUCCUACAUAUGGAAUGUUAUCUGGCUGGAUGACAGCUGGUAGAUUAGCAUGUCCGUAUUGUAUGGAAAAAACUAAAGUUUUCGUUCUAAAGUAUGGUGGAAAGACGUCAUUUUUUGAUUGUCACAGACAAUUCUUGCCAAUGGAUCAUGUAUUUCGGAGAAAUACCAAUGCUUUUCAAAAAAACAAAGUUGAGAAUUCUUCUCCACCAUCUCGGUUAAAUGGAGAUAAUGUUUUCAAAGAGUCUGUAAUUUUUCAUCUAUAUUGGAGUUACAAGACUGUGGUAUGCCUGGGUAUGGUGCAGAACAUAAUUGGACCAAACGGAGCAUUUUUUGGGAAUUACCAUAUUGGAAAGAUAAUAUGAUCUGGCACAACUAAGAUGUAAUGCACAUUGAAAAAAAUGUUUUUGACAAUCUUUUUAAUACAAUAAUGGAUGUGAAGGGUAAAAGUAAAGACAAUACAAAGGCCAGAAUGAACUUGAAAGAAUAUUGUAGACGGAAAGAGCUUGAGCUAAUAGACCGUGGUGGGGGUAAGUAUUGGAAACUUAAGGCGUAAUACACGUUCACAAGAGAGCAGAAGUUAAGUGUUUUGAAGUGGGUAAAAGAACUUAAGCUCCCUGAUGGAUAUGCUUCCAGAUUGGGUAGAUGCGUUGAUAUGAGAAAUGCAAAGUUAUUUGGGUUGAAAAGUCACGAUUGUCAUGUUCUCAUGGAGAGAUUACUUCCAACGGCAUUUGCAGCAUUACCAGAUUGAAUUUGGAAUCCGAUUACUGAGUUAUGUCAGUUUUUUUAAAGACAUUUGUUCAACAGUAUUGAGGAUUGAACACCUUGAUGCCUUGGAACAAAAUAUACCCAUAAUUUUAUGCAAAUUAGAGCGUGUAUUCCUUCCGGGAUGGUUUAACCCAAUGGAGCAUCUGCCAAUACACUUAGUUUACGAAGCAAAAGUGGGGGGACCAGUACAAUACAGAUGGAUGUAUCCCUUUGAAAGGUUUCUCAACACUUUAAAGAAGAAAGUCCGCAAUAUAGCUCGUGUAGAAGGAUCUAUAUGCGAGGCAUAUUUGAUUGAGGAGACGUCUACGUUUGGUUCAUAUUAUUUUGAAUCAAAUGUUCAAUCAAGAAGAAUGAGAGUUCCUCGAAAUGAUGAUGGGGGAGAUUCUUCAUAUCCACAAAUUUCCAUUUUCAAUUAUCCAAGCCGUGCUACUGGUCCAAUGAAAAAUAGGUGGAUGGAUGGAAAAGAGUUUCAAGCUGCCAAAUUAUGUCUUGCUGAAUACUCCAGAGGUCGAACCUUAUAUCGAGUAAGAAUUAAAAUUUAAAUGAAUAUAUUUAUAAAUUUAUAUUGAAUUCAUAUUAUUUAGUUGAUACAUAACUUUAAUUUUUUAGCAUGUAUACCAAUUUAUUGCGCGAGCUAUCUUCAAAUAUCACCGACAAAGAAAUAGAUGUUCAAAUCGAGGAACAUUUUCCUACGUGGUUCCAUUUGCAUGUACGUUAAUUCAAUGUUAGUUAGGUUAUUUUCUAAAUUGAAUUUGAGUAUACAAUAUUAAGUGAUUCAAAUGUUGUAUCAGGUGAAUUUUAGCACGCAAGUUACGGAUCCAUUAAUUCAGAACAUAGGAUGGGGACCGACUCCACAUGUGCGACAUUGGCCAAUGUAUUUUGUGAAUGGAUAUAAAUUUCAUACCGUCGAAUGGAGUAAUAGCAAGUCUACCGAAAAUUAUGGUGUUUGCGUGCCUGGGAUAGGAGUUGGAUCUUCAAAAACAUAUUACUAUGGAAAAAUCAUAGAUAUUAUUGAAUUUGAAUAUGCAGGCUUACCAAUCAAAAGGGUAGUUCUAUUUAAAUGUGAAUGGUACGAUCCAAGUCCUCGGGGAACCAAAAUUCACGAUAAGUAUGGUAUUGUGGAGGUUCAAUCGUCAAGAAAGUAUAAGAAAUAUGAUCCAUUCAUAUUUGCCCAAUAAGCUGAAUAAGUUUAUUACGCGUCGUAUCCCGACACUUGCCAUGCUAAACAUGAUUGGAUGAUUGUUAUUAAAAUAAAGCCACGAGGUACAAUAAUUGCUCCCGAAGCCAACAUGGAAGAACCUUUUCAAGAAUAUGAGAUACUAGAAUCAUCUCAAAUAGAUCAAAAUUAUGACUUUACAAGUACUUUACAAGAUUUAGAUGGUAUAGUUGAGGAAAUAGAUGUUUCAGAUGUCGCUCAGCAAGAAGAAGAUGAUGCAGAUGAUGAAUCUAUAUCAGAAGACGAUGAAGAAGAGUUAUUGUCUGAUGACAUAGAUAGUGAUGCUGAAAUCAUGGAUGAAUAUGUUGAAGAAGAUGAUUAAUUUAUUUUUCAACUUGUAAAUUAACUUGUAUAUGUUAUGAUAUAAUAUUUUAUCUUUUUUAAUGUUUGUGAUUGUAUGUUUUGUCAAUUUUGUAUUUUUCAUGUGAUUCUCGAAACAAAUGUCAGGCCAUUCUUCUCCCGGAUCACGUAGGGGUAGGGGUAGUAGAGCUAGAGGUACCAAUCGAUCCUAUAGGAGCACGCCUUCUCCGAAUUCCAGUAGUGCUGGUUCACACUUUUCUCCUUCUGUGUCCACACAUGCUGUUCCGUCUACUCCUUUAUACCCUCAGCCAUCGCAUCCACAGGGUUUCGUACCCAUGACUCAGUUUCAACAGCCAUAUGGCGCAAUGCCAUUUCCUAUGGGUUUUCCUACAGUUCUACCCACAUCCCACCCAUCCCAGACUGAACCACAAUCUGCCCCUUUGCCUAUGCCUACUUUUCAUCCCUUUGGAGGAUCAUAUCCAUUCCCAUUUAUACCAACACCUCAAGCACAUCAUUCGUCCUCCUCUCCUGGACAGAAUGUUGAGGCGACUCCAUCUAAGCCAAUAGAGACCGACCAAGUUGAUGGACGAACAAAUUUAUCCUAUAAUCAGAGUUGUGAUUAUUUUAUUCCUGCUGUUGGCCUACCAGUUGAUCAAACAAAGAUUUGGAAGAGACGAUAUACUGAACCUUGGCUUCAUUGGGAUGAAGUGCCAGAAAUAACGCGACAGAUGUGGUUGGAAGAAUUUAACAAAAAGUACAAGUGGCAACCGGAGGAGAGUGAUCGUAUAUGGAUCACUUGGAAUGCGUCAGGUCGAAAAAGUUUCAAAAACAGUUUGAACAAGAUUAAAAGUGGUGCUAAUACAGGUGCUUGGAUGGAUCCGGACGUGCAUAGGGCAUUGCAAGAAAAGUGGAAUGAUGAGCAGUACAAGAAAAUGGCUGAACAAAAUAAAAAAAAUCGCGCCUCUAUGAUUGGUGGGUCAAUUCACACGGGCGGAUCCAUUCCUUUCACUGAGAGUCGAAGAAGGAUGGCAAGGGAAUUAAAUCGCGAGCCUACUGAAUUUGAACAUUUCAGAAAAACCCACACUCGGAAGGAUGAUCAAGGUCAAGAAGUGUGGGUUGAUAACAGAUCAAAAGGCGUUGCAGUAAUUGAAUUUAUAUAAAUUAUUAACUAAAUUUAAUGAAAAAAUUAUUACUUAAAAUUGUUGAUGUUUUAAUUUAUGUAGGAGGUGUUUGAGAGAUUAAAUAUAGAGACAUCUUCAGCAUCUGUCGACAGUGAUUCGCCCUCUUCACCUGUAGUCGACUAGCACCACCUCUUCUAUCAGGCUGUAUCUGGUAGGAACAAAAAGGGUCGUAUUUACGGCCUCGGGUCUCAAGGUAAAAAGUCUUACCCGGGUGGAUCUCGUAGCACCUCCAGUAGUUCAUGUGGUGGGUUCAUGUCACAUGAUUUUGAACAAAUGAAUUUGAGGGUCACCCAGAUAAAUGAGGAGCUGCGCAACCAAAAUCAAGAAAUGAGACAGACAAUCACCCAUAUGACUGCGGAGAAUGCGGAGUUACGGUAAUGGCAGUAAGAGAUGGUGGCGUGGAAGGACCAAAUGAAUCAAAUGAUGGCGACAGUAUUUAAUCAAUCUACAUUUGCUACUGGACCAUCGACAGGCCCAUCGAGUGGAGACCCAAUUGAUGAUAAUGAAGAUGAUGAGGGUAAU